UUUACCUCCGUUCUUCUUUUUUCCUCUCCAUUAGAAAAGUGAUCUUUCGAUUUUUCUUUGAAUAUUUUUUUUUUUACUUCAGUUCGAUUGCCACACAAUGAAAACAAUCAUCUCUGUCUUUUUAUUGUUCUCCUUCAUAUCUUUGGGUUUUGCUGGAUCAGAAUCAGAAAUCAGCGAUACCACAAAAAGACCUGAAAAUGGGACCAAUUUCCAGUUCCAACAACCGGAGAAAGUGAAAAUUAACUUAUUGGAAUUGGUCAGUGGUGUUGGUAAAGCCAUUCACUUGAUGUUGAAUCAAAAUUCCAAUAGUUCAUUGUUAUUGAACCAAAGGUCAUCUUCUAUUGUUUCGGACACUCCGGUUGCUCCUAUUAACGGUAGUUUAACAUCUUCAGCUUCAACGAUAAUCGGUUCUACUGAUACUCGAGCUGCUCGGGAGAAGGAGGAAAAUAGUAAACGCGCCGAGGAACUGCGAAUUGAAAUUGCCCGACGAACAGCACAAUUACAGAAGAUUGUUGGCUCAGCAAUUGAGAUAAUGCGUGAUCGAGGCGAUGUUAUGGUCAGACGAAUCUUGGAACAUCUCAACACACGACUUGAUCAGGCUCGAACCAAUGCCGAUAAAAUUUUGAAAGAACCAGCUACUUCCGAGAUGGCAGUUCGAACCUUAAACACAAUCAAUCAAGGUCUUAAUGGUGUUAAUCAGAUGAUCCACAAUGUCCUUAAUCGAGUUAAUAUUAGAAUCAAUGUCGACCUAAAGAAGCCAAAUGGGGAGAACGAGAAAGUAAAAGAGAAUUAGAAAAAUAAAUGUUAAGAUGAUAAACAAAAACGCUCAUCUUAAACUAGACUAUUUUUGAUGAUUCAAUAUUUUUUGUUUCUAAUUGUGAACAAUUAACACAUAUACACAAAUAGAAAAUCUAAUGGAAAAUUCAUAUAAAAUAUAUACAUAAAUAGGAAAAACCAAUUAAAAUUAUGAUGAUCGUUGAUCACAAUUAAAGUAAGAUAACCCACCUUUACAAUUGAAGAAUAAAGCAAAAACAAUUCAUUAA